AUGUCUUCUUCUACCACAGAAAAGGUAGCUGAUAAGCUGCCCUCCAAGGAGGAGCUCAAGGAGGAUGUGAAGAAAGCGACCAAAUCUUCGGUACAGUCGCUCCGUGCACUGGUCGCUGGAGGUGUUGGUGGUGUGUUCGCUGUUGUCGUGGGACACCCAUUCGAUCUGGUCAAGGUGCGGAUGCAGACUGCUGAGAAGGGCGUUUACAACGGCGCUAUGGACGUUCUACGAAAGGGCAUUGCAAAAGAUGGGCUGGUAAGAGGAUUGUACGCAGGUGUUUCAGCGCCGCUUGUAGGAGUAACCCCCAUGUUUGCUGUAUCUUUCUGGGGCUACGACCUCGGCAAACAACUCGUGACCUCCGUGUCGACAGUCGAGAACGGUCAGUUCAGCGUCGCUCAAGUCUCGGCCGCUGGUUUCUUCAGUGCGAUCCCUCAGACGCUUAUCACCGCACCCUUCGAGCGGGUAAAGGUGCUUCUGCAGAUCCAGGGUCAGAAGAACCUGGCACCGGGCGAGAAACACAAGUACAACGGUGGUGUCGAUGUUGUCAGGCAAUUGUACAAGGAGGGCGGAAUUCGCUCUGUAUACCGUGGCUCUGCGAUGACGCUCGCACGAGACGGCCCAGGCUCGGCAUUCUACUUUGCAACAUACGAAACCGUCAAGAGGAAGCUCACUCCCAAGGACCCAGUGACAGGUCUGCCAGGGCAACUGAGCAUGCCUGCCGUUAUGGCUGCUGGCGGCGCUGCGGGUAUUGCCAUGUGGAUCCCUGUUUUCCCUAUUGACACGAUCAAGUCCCGCUUGCAGAGUGCCGAGGGUCGGCCUACAAUUAGUGGUACGAUCAAGGGCAUUUAUGCAAACGGCGGCUACAAGGCUUUCUUCCCUGGUAUUGGGCCUGCGAUGGCCCGAGCUGUCCCAGCCAACGCCGCAACGUUCGCUGGUGUCGAGCUUGCACAGAAAGCCAUGAGGAAAAUGUUUGACAAGGAUGGCGAUUAG